AUGGCCAGACACUCCAUCUUGUAUUUCAUCCUCCUGAGUGCUCUGAUUGACAAGGGCCAACCUUGUUUCUGUGAUCAUUACCCAUGGAGUGAGUGGUCCAGCUGCUCAAAAUCCUGCAAUUCUGGAACGCAGAGCAGACAGAGAAAAAUCAUAUUUGAUCAGUACUAUCAGGAAAACUUUUGUGACCAGGCUUGCACUAAGUGGGAAACUAGAGAAUGUAACCUGCAACGUUGUCCCAUCAACUGCCUCCUGGGAGAUUAUGGACCAUGGUCAGACUGUGACCCUUGUGUGGAAAAACAGUUUAGGGUUAGAUCCAUCUUGCGUCCUAGUCAGUUUGGAGGACAACCAUGUACUGAGCCCCUGGUGACCUUCCAACCAUGUAUUCCAUCUAAGCUCUGCAAAAUUGAAGAGGUUGAUUGCAAGAAUAAAUUCCGCUGUGACAGUGGCCGCUGCAUUGCCAGCAGGUUAGAGUGCAAUGGAGAAAAUGACUGUGGAGACAAUUCGGAUGAGAAGGACUGUGGGAGAGUAAAAACACUGUGCCAACACAAGCAACCCAUCCCUAGCGUACAGUUGAUGGGCACUGGGUUUCGUUUUCUAGCAGGAGAGCCCAGAGGAGAGGUCCUUGAUAAUUCUUUCACUGGAGGAAUAUGUAAAACUGUCAGAAGCAGUAAAACAAGCAAUCCCUACCGUAUUCCAGCCAAUUUGGAAAAUGUCAACUUUGAGGUGCAAACUAAAGAAGAUGAUUUAGAAACGAGUUUCUACAAGGACUUAAUUCCACUUACAAAAAAUGAAAAUAAACAAGCUUCAGUUCAGGGUGAACAGGGAAACAUCUUUUAUGUACCAAUUUUUUAUUCUAAGAAGAAAACUCAAAGCGUCACCCGUAAUUCUGCCUUCAGACAGGCCAUUCAAGCCUCCCACAAAAAGGAUUCUAGUUUUAUUAGGAUCCAUAAAGUGAUAAAAGUCUCAAACUUCACAACAAAAACUAAAGAUCUGCAGCUUUCUGAUGUCUUUUUGAAAGCACUUAACCACCUGCCUCUAGAAUACAACUUUGCUUUGUAUGGUCGGAUAUUUGAUGACUUCGGGACUCACUAUUUCACGUCUGGCUCCCUGGGUGGCAUAUACGACCUCCUCUACCAGUUUAGCACCGAGGAACUCAAGAACUCAGGUUUAACGGAGGAAGAAAUCCAAAACUGUGUUCGGACUGAAACAAAGAAACGCAUCUUAGGUUUUAAGAGAACAAAAGUGGAACAUCGGUGCACCAUGAACAAGAUGUCAGAGAAAUACGAAGGCUCGGUUUUGCAGGGAACAGAGAAAUCCAUCUCUUUGGUUCGAGGUGGGAGAAGUGAGUACGCAGCCAGGUUGGCAUGGGAACGAGGGAACUCUAGUCCUGACGAGAAGGUAUUUGCUGAGUGGUUAGAAUCCGUGAAGGAAAAUCCCGUUGUGAUUGACUUUGAGCUUGCUCCCAUCACCGACCUGGUGAGAAACAUCCCCUGUGCGGUGACAAGACGGAACAACCUCAGGAAAGCUUUUCGAGAAUAUGCAGCCAAGUUUGACCCUUGCCAGUGUGCUCCGUGCCCUAAUAACGGCCGCCCCACACUCUCGGGGACCGAAUGUCUGUGUGUGUGCCAGAGCGGCACGUACGGAGACAACUGUGAGCGGCGCUCCCCGGAUUAUAAAUCCAACGCGGUGGAUGGGAACUGGAGCUGCUGGUCUCCCUGGAGCACGUGCGAUGCUACUUAUAGGAGAUCGAGAACCCGACAAUGCAACAACCCUGCCCCCCAGCACGGAGGGAAACCCUGCGAGGGGGAAGGGCGGCAGGAGGAACACUGCACGUUUUCCAUCAUGGAGAACACUGGACAGCCAUGUAUCAGCGAUGGUGAAGAAGUGAGAGAAGUAGACCUCCCUGAGACUGAAUCUGAUUCUGGGUGUCCUCAGCCCAUUCCUCCAGAGAAUGGAUUUAUCCGAAAUGAAAAGAAACUGUACGCAAUUGGGGAAGAAGUUGAAAUGUCAUGCCUGUCUGGGUUCAGAACUGUUGGAUACCAGUACUUCCGAUGCUUACCAGACAGGACCUGGAAGCAGGGAGACGUGGAGUGCCAUAGGACGCAGUGCCUCAAGCCAGUUGUGCAGGAAGUUCUGACGAUCUCACCAUUUCAGAGAUUAUAUAGAAUUGGUGAAUCCAUUGAGCUAACCUGCCCCAAAGGCUUUGUCGUUGCUGGGCCAUCGCGGCACACAUGCAGCGGGGAUUCCUGGACACCACCCAUUUCAAACUCAGUCACCUGUGAAAAAGAUGUUUUGACAAAAUUACAGGGCCAUUGUCAACCAGGACAAAAGCAGUUGGGAUCUGAAUGCAUUUGCAUGUCCCCAGAAGAAGACUGCAGCCAUUAUUCAGAAGAUCUCUGUGUGUUUGAUGAAGACACCAACGAUUACUUUACUUCACCUGCUUGUACGUUUUUGGCCGAGAAAUGUUUAAAUAAUCAGAAACUCCAUUUUCUACAUAUUGGUUCCUGCCAGGAAGGUCCACAGUUAGAAUGGGGUCUUGAAAGAACAAGACUCUCAUCCAAUAGCACAAGGAAAGAAUCCUGUGGCUAUGACACCUGCUAUGACUGGGAAAAAUGUUCAGCCGCCACUUCCAAAUGUGUCUGCCUAUUGCCUCCCCAGUGCUUCAAGGGCGGAAACCAACUCUACUGCAUCAGAAUGGGAUCAUCGAUGAGUGAGAAAACCGUGAACAUCUGUGAAGUAGGGGCUAUAAGAUGUGCCAACAGGAAAUUGGAAAUACUGUACCCUGGAAGGUGUUCAGCCUAAAACAAUCACUGAAUAACAGGUUUACUGCCCAAAAAUAACCCCUACAAGAGGGCAUUCUCCUACAAACAGCAGACUGUGUGCCCAGAAGUCACCGACAUAAAUUCUUUCAUGUUACUUUCAUAUAAUUAUUCUCCAUGCUUCUCCUGCCUUAGCCUUUCCUAUCCAGUCCCAGCCCAUGAUGUUCUGUAGCAUAGACCUCGGUAAUAACUUUCACAUCGAUCCAAUGAAGUCUUCUGUUCACACUGCACUAGAACAAUGGGACUUCUGAGGACCAUAUGAAGCUUGUAGUAAUAAGCAUCCUUACAAUAGAAUUAAGAACAAAAACCAUAAUUGUCUUCAAUGAUUCAAUAAACAUAACCUACAACAACUCAACAACUUGUAAAACACAUUCUUAGACUUCCCUUCAUGCAUUCAUUCAACAAAUAAUGCUGAAUGUCUACGAUGUGACCCCAUCCUGUUUAGGAGGCUGGGGGAUCGGCAGUGAAUAAAAGAGAUAAAAUCCC